AUGGCGACAUCUUCGGCGACUAACAGUAUAGACCAGAGAGGGAGAAACCAAAGAUCACCGGCAGGGUAUACCAAAUCUCCCUCAAUACUUCCUUCAAUCAACUUUCAGGGAAGUUGCAACGAAUUAUGUUUCCCUGAUCACUUUUUGUCCUAUGCCGGAAACAGCCAUUCCCCAGGAAACAGUAACUUUCCAGGAAACAGUGACUACCCAGGAAACAAUAACCAUCCGGGAAACAGGAACGAAAGUAUCAUAUUACAGAACAGGAGUAAGAACAGUCUAAACCUAAAUCUGAGCAGGAGUCAAAUUAAUAUAAACCCAAAGAUCGUUAACUCUGUUGGAAGAGAAAGUUUAUCCUUGGAUCUAGGGAUCAGAAGUCAGAAAAUGGAGACGUCAAGCUUUUUAGGGGAUACCUUGAAACGUGAGGACAAGCAUGAACGGCAUCACGAGUAUAUGAAUGUAGAUCCAGACCUUGGUUUUACGUCUAGUGAAGAGACAAGGAAAGGAGGAAUAAAGCAACAUUAUUCUCAUAAUGGAGUUGAUGAUGAUUAUGAGCUCGGGUUCAGUAACAGAACUCAUCUGCUACAAACUUCUAAAAGAAAGAUUACAACAGUUACACAUUUUAAGGGAAACUAUCUAGAGCUUUAA